AUGGACUUUCCUCUUAAGCAUCCCAAAACCCGCGAGCUACUGGGUGGCGACCUUCUGGCUCAAUGCCUCGCCCAUCUAGGUGUCACUGUCGCCUUCGGAAUUCACGGCGGUCAUCUCGACAGUUUCCUCGUCGCCGCAGUGGAGGCCGACAUCAAACUGAUUGACGUCCGGCACGAGACCGUCGCCGUCCAAGCCGCGGAGGGCUGGGCAAAGGUCAAAGGAAACAGCACUCCGGGAGUGUGCUUCGUCACAGCAAACUCGGGGUUUUGUAAUGGGCUGCCUGGUCUCGCCACUGCUUAUGCAGACCGGUCUCCCGUGUUCUGCAUCACCAGCUCGCCGCCGCUGCGCGAGGCCGAAACCAACUCUCUUCAGGGUUUCCACGACCAGGUCGUCCUGGCGAAGGCGGUAACCAAGCUCGCUCAUCGAGUCACGACUGUUACCGAAAUCCCGAGGAUCGUCAGUCUGGCAUGGCGGGCGACGACUGCGGGGGCUCCUGGGCCGGUGCUGGUCGACUUUCCGAUCGACAUUCUUUUCAUGCCCGUCGAGCAGAGUAGCGUAUCGUGGGGAUCCAUCAUGUCUCCGCCCGUCUCUUUGCCAGCUCCGAGCGGCACGGAGGUAGAGAAGGCUAUGGACCUCUGGAAGCGCGCUAAACGUCCUGUUAUCAUAGUCUCGACCGGUGCUUCGGGAGCUACGGAGAAGGUGAUCAAGCUUGCCGAGUCAACUAACACGCCAGUGUUCCAUUCUCCAAAGUUUUCGACUGGCAUUCUGCAUUCCCAUCCCCUCUUUGGCGGAUCAGCUACGCAGUUGCCUAUUUUGCGUUUCACUGGAGGUCAAGCUCCGGAUUUCGUGCUCUUACUGGGCGUCAGGUCUGGCUUCCUGAUGGGUGGCCGAAGCGGCGCUAUCAUUCCAAAUGACAACAAGUCGAAAGUCGUUCAGGUUGAUCUCGACGGAAGCGAGAUCGGGCGGUCCACGAACAUUGAUGUUGGUAUCGUCGCCGACGUUGGGCAAACAGCUGCUGCCAUGUCAACCCUAGUGGAGAAGUCGUCGAUCAAGGCGUCGGAUGACUGGGUUCAACAGGCCUUGGGCUUGAAGAAGUCACAAGUCGCCUCAGCCGCGAACAAGAAAGAGCCAGUUAUUCUCCCCGAAAACAAGAGGUUGCACCCGUAUCAUGGCGUAAGCACGCUCUUUCAGUCUCUUCCUGAAGGCAGCCUCGUCUGCAUCGACGGUGGCGAAGCUGGUGGAUGGGCCAUCCAAUGCCUCAACGAAGCCAAGGCUGGGCUUUCAAUGGUCUCGACUGGCUAUUUGGGCUUCUUGGGCAAUGGCUUCGGAUAUUCUCUCGGUGCUGCUUUGGCCGAUCCCGACAGGCUUGUAAUUAACUUGCAGGGAGACGGCAGCGCAGGCUUCCACCUCAGCGAACUCGACACGUACGCCAAGUUUGAUCUGAAGAUCUUGACAGUUGUGGUGAACAACGCUGUCUGGGGAAUGUCCCAAGCUGGGCAAGACAUGAUGUACGGCGAGAAAACGCCACAGCGGCCUUGUGUUGCGAUGAACCCCAAAGUCAAGUAUGAUAUCGUCGCCCAGGGCUUUGGUUGUAAAUCUGCCGCGAUUGAUGUUCAGGAUGGCGACGCUGAUGGAAAGAAAACACUUGACUUCUUGGGUAAGACGGUGGAAGACAUGACCAAGGCUGGAGGGCCGGCUUUGCUUGAUCUUAAGGUGUCUGAUGUGCCAUAUCAUGGUACCACGAAGGCUAUGGUUGGGAAAAGCGACGACCCAAAUGUCAUCGUCGUACCCUAUUACGACAACUUACCGAGACCGUAUUACAAGACUGGUGGAAGCAGUUAA